UUCCGACAAGGAAUUUUUCUGGAUUCUUUGACGAACUGACAAAUAACGAUGGCACGUACCAAGCAGACCGCUCGCAAAUCGACUGGCGGAAAGGCGCCUCGCAAACAACUGGCCACUAAAGCUGCAAGAAAAAGUGCCCCAGCUACUGGUGGCGUAAAGAAACCUCACCGUUACAGACCUGGCACUGUGGCCCUUCGAGAGAUUCGUCGGUAUCAAAAAAGUACGGAGUUGUUGAUCCGUAAAUUGCCGUUCCAACGACUCGUUCGUGAAAUUGCUCAGGAUUUUAAGACGGAUCUUCGCUUCCAAAGUUCUGCUGUAAUGGCACUUCAAGAAGCUAGCGAAGCGUAUCUUGUGGGUCUCUUCGAAGAUACAAAUCUAUGCGCUAUUCAUGCUAAGAGAGUUACUAUUAUGCCUAAAGAUAUCCAAUUGGCACGUCGUAUUCGUGGCGAGCGAGCUUAAUCGCAAAUUUUAUAGAAUUAACAAUCGGCCCUUUUCAG